CCCCGUCCGUCCGCCGCCACCCACUCCAAACACAGAACAUCCAGUCAUGGAUAAAAAUGAGCUGGUGCAGAAGGCCAAACUGGCCGAGCAGGCUGAGCAAUAUGAAGACGUGGCAGCCUGCAUGAAGUCUGUAACUGAGCAAGGAGCUGAAUUAUCCAAUGAGGAGAGGAAUCUUCUCUCAGUUGCUUAUAAAAAUGUUGUAGGAGCCUGUAGGUCAUCUUGGAGGGUCGUCUCAAGUAUUGAGCAAAAGACGGAAGGUGCUGAGAAAAAACAGCAGAUGGCUCGAGAAUACAGAGAGAAAAUUGAGACCGAGCUAAGAGAUAUCUGCAAUGAUGUACUGUCUCUUUUGGAAAAGUUUUUGAUCCCCAAUGCUUCACAAGCAGAGAGCAAAGUCUUCUAUUUGAAAAUGAAAGGAGACUACUACCGUUACUUGGCCGAGGUUGCUGCUGGUGAUGACAAGAAAGGGAUUAUGGAUCAGUCACAACAAGCAUACCAAGAAGCUUUUGAAAUCAGCAAAAAGGAAAUGCAACCAACACAUCCUAUUAGAUUGGGUCUGGCCCUUAACUUCUCUGUGUUCUAUUACAAAAUUCUGAACUCCCCGGAGAAAGCUUGCUCUCUUGCAAAGACAGCUUUUGAUGAAGCCAUUGCUGAACUUGAUACAUUAAGUGAAGAGUCCUACAAAGACAGCACGCUAAUAAUGCAAUUACUGAGAGUCAACUUGACAUUGUGGAUAUCGGACACCCAAGGAGAUGAAGCUGAAGCAGGAGAAGGAGGGGAAAAUUAACCGGCCUUCCAACUUUUGUCUGCCUCAUUCUCAAAUUUACACAGUAGACCAUUUGUCAUCCAUGCUGUCCCACAAAUAGUUUUUUGUUUACGAUUUAUGACAGGUUUAUGUUACUUCUAUUUGAAUUUCUAUAUUUCCCAUGUGGUUUUUAUGUUGAAUAUUAGGGGAGUAGAGCCAGUUAACAUUUAGGGAGUUAUCUGUUUUCAUCUUGAGGUGGCCAAUAUGGGGAUGUGGAAUUUUUAUACUAGUUAUAAAUGUUUGGCAUAGUACUUUUGGUACAUUGUGGCUUCACAAGGGCCAGUGUUAAAACUGCUUCCAUGUCUAAGCAAAGAAAACUGCCUACAUAUUGGUUUGUCCUGGUGGAGAAUAAAAGGGAUAAUUGGUUCCAGAUACAGGUGUAGUUUUUGUGGGUACUUUAAGGUUUGGAGCACUUAUAAGGCUGUAGUAGAAAUGGGUAUUCUGUA